AUGGCCGCCAUGGCCGAGCCGCCGCCGCCCGGCGCCCCCCCGGCGCCCCCCGCCCGCCGCCGCCUUCGCCCGGGGCCGCUGCCCGCGGCCGAGCCGCUGCUGUUCCUGGCCACCGUGUGCGUGGUGCUGCAGGGCCCGCUCACCACCCAGUACCUGUGGGACCGGCUGGGCGCCGAGCGCGGCUACCACGGCCACAGUAGCAGCGGCUCCGCCGGCUGCGGGAACAGCAGCGCUGUCGCCGACCCGCUGCGGCAGGAGGUGGAAGCCCUGGUCUCCCACUGGAACCUCUACAUCAACUUGGGGGGCUUCUUUGUCUGUCUCUUCUCCGUGACUCUGUUUGGACCAUGGAGCGACAGCGUGGGCCGCCGUCCGGCGCUCAUCCUGUCGACAGCAGGCAUAGCCCUGCAAACGUCCAUCUACCUGCUGGUCAUGUACCUGGAGCUGCACGUUGCCUACUUGCUCCUGGGACGCCUUCUGAGUGGCCUGUCAGGAGACUACAACCUGAUCCUGGCCAGCUGCUUUGCCUACGUGGCCGAGACCAGCGACAGGCGUGCGCGGACGUUCCGGGUGGCCAUCCUCGAGGCGUGCCUGGGCAUCGCGGGCAUGCUGGCCAGCAUCGGUGGCGGCCAGUGGCGCAAGGCCCAGGGCUACAUCAACCCCUUCUGGCUGGCCUUUGCUGCCUCUCUUGCUGCCACUUUCUAUGCUGCUUUCUGCCUUCGGGAGUCAGUGAAGCAGAGGAGACCAGCCAGGCUGUUCACGCUCAGCCAUUACAAGGCUGUGUACAGGCUGUACACGGCCCCAGAGCACCCGAGCUCCAGGUGGAAGCUCGCUCUUUACUCUCUGGCUUUUUUCCUUCUUGUCACAGUGCAUUUUGGAGCCAAGGACCUCUUUGUUUUAUAUGAGCUUGGCUUUCCUCUCUGCUGGGCUUCUGACCUCAUCGGUUACGGCUCCGCCGCCAACUACCUGGCUUACCUGAGCAGCCUGGGAGGGCUGCGGCUGCUGCAGCUCUGCAUUGAAGACAGCUGGGUGGCAGAGAUAGCAUUGAUCUCAAACAUUGCCGGACUGGUUGUGAUUUCUCUCGCUACCACAACAGCACUGAUGUUUACAGGUUAUGGGAUUCUGUUCCUUUCCAUGGCAACCACUCCAGUCAUCAGAUCCAAGCUCUCCAAGCUGGUCAGCGAGACGGAACAGGGUGCUCUCUUUGCUUCUGUUGCCUGCGUGCAAGGGCUGUGUUCCCUCGUGGCUACAGGAGUGUUCAACUCUCUCUACCCUGUGACCUUGCACUUCAUGAGAGGAUUCCCAUUUCUCUUCGGGGCUAUAAUCCUUCUUAUUCCAGCAGCUAUCAUUGGGUGGAUUCAAAUCUGGGACUCAAAACAUGACUACAAUCACUUCCAAGAUCCCCCAUCCCCUGCAAAAGACUGAUCAGCAACUUAGCAACAAGGAAUUGGCCAGCACAGCAGUGUCCACCUGAAGACUGCUCUUUACUCUUCCCUCAAAGGACAGAUUAGUGUGGGAGGGACACCCUCCUUGCCCCUACUAACUUUUAAAUGCCAGGCAGUUGGAAAUCAUGGCUCUGACUACAGGAGGAACCUGAUUUGCAGAUGUGAAUGCCUCCUCAACAUUUGUUGGCUCAUCUGUGAGAGAAAACCCAAGAGACCCAAAAGCCAGCCAAGCUGUUGUGGGCCAUUUGCAAGGCUGGUUAGUGGUUUGGGGUUUGGAGAAGGCACCGUGACAUGCUUUUAAGGGGGAGAGAGGACUGAGUUCUGGUUUAAUUGCCAAACACAUUCCCCUCUGAGUAUUGCAGUGUGUAGCAGAUGAGCUUUUGGUGUGGGUGAGGCAAGGACUGAAGCCUGCAGAGCCAGACUGAAGCAGAGGUACAAUAGUGUACUGCUGAGGAGGAAGAUCUAUGAUCUGGAUCAGCAUGUUGCUUGUAAAAAUCCUACAAGUGUCACAUGCCAGACCAAGCUCCCCACAGAAAUCCUCGUGGAGAGGGCUAGUUUAGCACAAAACUGCUACUGCUGUCCUUAUGGACUGAACCAGCUUCAGUUUUGCAAGUUAAAGGUGUCCUAGGAAGAGGAUCUAACUCAUGAAGCGUUUGUAGGAGAGCCAGUUGCAUGUCCUGCCUGUUUGCAGCUCAGCUCAGGAUCUCAGGUGCUUUUAAAAACUAACAGACCAUCUGAGAAUACUACAGUGCAAAUAGAAUAUAUCCUGAGUUGGAAGGAGCCCACAAGGAUCAUCAAAGUAACUCCUGUCAGUGCCUUAAUUGACAGUUGCCAAAAUUGAUGAAUUUCAGGCUAAAAUUGUCAAACUGGGCCCCCUUAAGUGAAGCCCCUUACACUGUAGGUGUGCCCUAGUGUCUUGGGAAAUCACUGCUGUGCUUAUGGCAGAGUCCUUCAUCACCAAUACACUGUGCUGUAGUGAUGAGCUGGUGUGGGACUAGUGUCUUUAAGGUUAAUUUUUUGUUGUUGUAUGGGGCACAACUUUAUGUUGGUGACCUCAGUUCUGCUGCCUCUCUCAGGAUCUGUUGAUGCCAGCAAGCAAAUCUCAUGUUCGUGGUGCUUACAAUUGUUCCUUUCAAAGCAUUGCCUGUGUUGCCACAAUCCUGUUUUCUUCCAAGUGCCAUAAACCAGCAGUUCUGUGUACACUGCACUGUACACACUGUUCAAGUACCUGCAAUAAUGUCAUUAUUAUUACUUUCAAAAUGAAUAAAACCUCCAUUCUCUUUUAUGGCUCAUAAAAUGA